GGGCACAGAGCUCUCAUGGCGCUCUGGGUGAUUCUGCUCUGUGCCCUGGUGUCAUCACUGCUCGGUGGGCUCUAUGUCCUGGGUGUGUUUCGGAGACAGAGACCCAAUGAGCCACCCCUGGACAAAGGUACCAUUCCCUGGCUGGGCUAUCUGCUGGAGUUCCAAAAGGACAGCUCAGAGUUUCUCAAAAGGAUGCAGAGGAAACACGGGGAUGUUUUCACGGUGCUGAUCGGUGGCUAUUACUUCACCUUUGUGAUGGAUCCCUUCUGCUUUGGCUCCAUUGUGAAGGAAUCACGAGCUAAACUGGACUUUAGGACUAAUGCAACUCAGCUGGUCCUGCGUGUUUUUGGCUACAAGCCCACUGAAGCCACUCACAGCGUGGUUCAUACCUCAAGCACAAAGCACCUGAUGGGAGAUGGCCUCACUGUCCUCACACAAGCCACCAUGGACAGCUUUCGGAAGCUGCUGCUUUUCAACAUGAGCUUGGGAGAGAAGAGGGUGUGGCAAGAAGAAAACCUCUUCCACUACUGCUACAACAUUGUCUUCAGAGCUGGGUAUCUGGCUCUGUAUGGCACUGAGCCCCCUCAAGGAGCAGGGAACAAGGAGAAGGCUGAAGAGCAGGAUCGCCUCCACUCCAACCAGCUCUUCCAGGAGUUUCGGAAGUACGACCGCCUCUUCCCUCGCCUGGCCUUUGCUCUGUUGUCUCCCAAGGACAAAAGAGAAGCUGAGAGGCUGAAGAGACACUUCUGGAACACGCUGUCUGUGAAGAAGGUCUGGCAGAAGGACAAUAUCAGUAGCUGGAUAAGUGAUCAAGACCAACUUCUGGCAGAAAACGGUGUCCCCGAGUACAUGCGGAAUCGUUUCAUGUUCAUGCUCCUCUGGGCAUCCCAAGGCAACACGGGCCCAACUGCCUUCUGGCUCCUCUUGUAUCUGCUGAAACAUCCAGAGGCUCUGCAGGCUGUGAGAGAUGAGGUGGAUAAAGUCUCCAGGGAGAGUGGGCAGGAAGUAAAAGCAGGGAGCCCCCCAGUUACUGUCACCAGGGACAUGCUGAACCAGACUCCUCUACUGGACAGUGCUCUGGAGGAGACCCUGAGGCUGGUGGCGGCCCCACUGCUGGUCAGAGCUGUCCUGGAGGACACCUGCCUGAGGACAAGCAGUGGGACAGAGCUCACCCUCCGCAAGGGGGACAGGGUGGCUCUGUUCCCACACAUCUCCGUGCAGAUGAACCCAGAAAUCCACGAGGAGCCUCACAAAUUUAAGUACGACCGUUUCAUAAACCCAGACGGCACCAGGAAAGAUUUCUACAGAAACGGGAAGAAGCUGAAAUUUGUCAACAUGCCUUGGGGGGCAGGAGUUUCCACCUGUCCCGGGCGGUUCUUUGCCACUGCUGAAAUGAAAUUGUUUGUGUUCUUGAUGCUGAGUCACUUUGAGCUGGAGCUGGUCGAUGGGGAGGAGGAGAUCCCAGCCAUAGACAUCAGCCGCUGGGGAUUCGGGACGAUGCAGCCUGUCCGUGACAUUCGCUUCAGAUACCGGCCUCGCUUUUAACCUGGGCAC